AUGUUUGCCUAUUUAUUUAUUCCUCUGGUAAUUAUUAUUUCUUCGAGCUGCAGCCAUGGAGUGCAGUUAAACCAACAAUUUACAGGCUCCUUCACAUUUUAUACCGGUAAUGGAUUUGGUGCUUGUGGCCAGCAGAUUAAUGCAGAUACUGAAAUGCUGGCUGCUAUUAGCCAUACACAAUGGACUAGUGGAAAUCCAAAUAAUGAUCCAAUUUGCCGUAAUAUCUGCCUUAAAGUUGAUUAUAAAGGCAAAAGUAUCACAGUCCCCAUCAAAGACAAAUGCCUAAGUUGUAAAUCAACAGACGUCGAUUUGUCAAAAGCUGCUUUUGCACAGCUUGAAAAUUUGGCAGUAGGGCGUGCUAAUGCUGUAUUUACAUAUGUUCAAUGCUGA